UCGCUGCAGUCCCCGCGGCUUCCCCUGGGCUCCCUCCUUAGGCGCCCGGGCCUCAUUCCAGCCUGGGGAGCGCCUCGGGGGGGGGGGGAGCGCGGGACAGCAAGGGAGGACGAGGCGGGGGGCCCUGGGCACCCCAGCUCCCGACCUGCGAGGCUGCCCGGACUCUGGGAGCCGGCACGCUGGGAAAGGCAAGGACGGGGCGGUCGGCGGAGGGGCGGGCGCUGCUCAUCAGCCACGCCAGUCACGUCUGGGGCCACCCGGCUGCCUUGUCUUCCUCUCCCCCUUUGCUCUCUCCCCGUUCUCCCGUUGGCGAGGGCAAAGUGGCUGUGGCGGCGCUAUGCCCGGGCCGGAGUGAGUCGCGCGGGCGAAAAUGGCGUACAUCCAGGGCAGUUGGAACCUUUGAACGAGGGUUUUCUUUCUAGAAUCUCGGAUCUGCUGCUAUGCAGAUGGACCUGCCGGCACUGCUGUCAGAAGUGCUAUGAGGCCAGCUGUUGCCAGUCGAGUGAGGAUGAAGUUGAAAUCCUGGGACCUUUUCCUGCCCAGACGCCUCCCUGGCUGAUGGCCAGCCGGAGCAGUGACAAGGACGGGGACUCUGUCCACACAGUCAGCGACGUCCCGCUGACCCCACGCACCAACUCUCCAGACGGGAGAUGCUCGUCCUCAGACACAUCUAAGUCCACGCACAGCCUGACCCGGAGGAUUUCAAGUCUCGAGUCCAGACGACCCAGCUCCCCGCUCGUCGAUAUUAAACCCAUCGAGUUUGGCAUCCUCGGCGCCAAGAAGGAGCCCAUCCAGCCGUCGGUGCUCAGACGGACCUAUACCCCCGACGACUAUUUCCGCAAGUUCGAGCCCCGGCUCUACUGCCUCGACUCCAGCGGCGACGAUGUGGACUUUCUGACGGACGAGGAGAUCCUGUCCAAGUACCAGCUGGGCAUGCUGCACUUCAGCACCCAGUACGACCUGCUGCACAACCACCUGACCGUGCGCGUGAUCGAGGCCCGGGACCUGCCACCCCCGAUCUCCCACGACGGCGCGCGCCAGGACAUGGCGCACUCCAACCCCUACGUCAAAAUCUGCCUCCUGCCCGACCAGAAGAACUCGAAGCAGACGGGGGUGAAACGCAAGACGCAGAAGCCGGUGUUCGAGGAGCGCUACACCUUCGACAUCCCCUUCCCAGAAGCGCAGCGGCGGACCCUGCUGCUCACCGUGCUGGAUUUCGAUAAGUUCUCACGCCACUGCGUCAUCGGGAAGGUGUCGGUGCCGCUGUGCGACGUGGACCUGGUGAAAGGCGGGCACUGGUGGAAGGCGCUGAUCCCCAGCUCUCAGAAUGAAGUGGAGCUGGGAGAGCUGCUUCUGUCGCUGAAUUACCUCCCAAGUGCUGGGAGACUGAACGUGGAUGUCAUUCGAGCCAAGCAACUUCUCCAGACAGAUGUGAGCCAAGGUUCAGACCCCUUUGUGAAAAUCCAGCUGGUACAUGGACUCAAGCUUGUGAAAACAAAGAAGACAUCCUUCUUAAGAGGCACAAUCGACCCUUUCUACAACGAAUCCUUCAGCUUCAAAGUUCCCCAAGAGGAGCUGGAAAACGCCAGCUUAGUGUUUACAGUGUUCGGUCACAACAUGAAGAGCAGCAAUGACUUCAUCGGAAGGAUUGUCAUUGGCCAGUACUCUUCAGGCCCCUCCGAAUCCAACCACUGGCGACGGAUGCUCAACACCCACCGCACGGCCGUGGAGCAGUGGCACAGCCUGAGGUCGCGGGCCGAGUGUGACCGCGUGUCCCCUGCCUCGCUGGAGGUGACCUGAGAGCUGCAGGGAAGGCAGCUGUCGUUUGUAAAAAAAAGGAAGAAAACUGAAGACAAAAAAUGUGUCACCUGUUACAUCCACACCCAUCUCACAUGCUCUCCACACACACACUCACACACCAGAUCCUCUCAGAGCCGAGAGGAAGCUGCCUGUUGAUCACGAAAUGGCUGCCCUCCAUGAGCGAGGCCUGAGAAGUUUCCGGAAGCCCCGUGCAUAUGCCGUGAGCUGAGGGGCUCUGUUGUGAGACUUACUGGCAGUGCUUGCUCUUGUCGAUACCCCGGCCCCAAAAUGCACUUUCAACCUUCAGGCCAGAAAGAGGGCCUCCCAAAGGGUGCCAGCCUCCAUCGAGAUGACAUUUUCCAAGACUUUUGGCCCAAAUGCACACCCGCUGGGUGACUUUGGAACAGGCUGCUGUUCCCUGGGGUUCUUUGAACCUGAUACCUUUCCCCCAAAGUGUAAGUACUUUGUCUUCUCUUUCGUGGACGUGAUAAGUAGUUUAGACUAUUUGGGCAACCAAAUGCAACAACAAAAAUAUACCCCAGUAUAAGAAACCGCUCCCGGCUGAUCUGAACUUGUCCUUGUGUUAGCUUAUUCCCGGGGACUCCCUGUGGGCAUGUAUGUGGAUGUUCUCGUGCGUGUGCCCUCACAGGUGAACGUAUGUGUGUGUGUGUCCUCUUGGCGAGCCAGGCAGUGGGCCAGGACCUCAAUCCUGACCACUCCCUUCUCUCUGCGUCUCCCAUCAGUGAAAUUUCACCCAGUGUUGUCCUGUCUGUCAAGACCCCACCUUCAAUAACAGUAGCGUGUGUAUAUGUCAAGAAAAUAGGAUAUGAUAGAGCAAAAGCAACAUUUUCGACCAAAUCAUGGUGAUUCUGACUCGCGGAAGACCUGCAAAGGGCAGGGACAUGGAUUAAGAUGGCCUCCUUGUCAUGCUCUGAGCACCUCCCUGUAUCUGUGUGUGAAGCAGAGUCAUUUCUCUCACGCUAAGGAAUUAGUGUAGUUAGAAUAGACCUCUCUCUGUGCGAUGCUUCUGUGUCUCUUCCCACAGUAUAUUGUCUGGUAUCCUGGGGAGCUAUUUAUUGAAAUUAAAGAUUAUUUAUUUGU